GGUGUUGGUGGUGUCCAACAUGGCGGCCCUCUGUCUGAGGCUGAGGCUCGUGCUGACCCCAACCCGCGGCCUCCCGUCAGUAACAAAAAGAUGUCUCCUGUCUGCAGCCUAUCUCGAUACUCAAAAAUGGGAACAGAGGAAAGUAGAUCCUCAGAAUUUAGCGGAAUUAGCUGCACUAAUGGACCAAACGUAUGAGAAGAAACUUCCUGUCAGCUCUUUAACAAUAUCACGGUUUGUUGACAACAUUUCUUCAAGGGAAGAGGUGGACCAGGCAGAGUAUUACCUUUACAAGUUUCGCCACAGCCCUAAUUGCUUUUAUGUAAGAGACUGGACAAUCCACAGCUGGAUAAGGAAGUGUUUGAUGUACGGAGCACGGGAAAAGGCCUUGCACACACUAAAAAAUCAGGUACAAUAUGGAAUGUUUCCAGAUAACUUCACAUUUAAUCUGCUAAUGGAUACUUUCAUCAAGGAGGACGAUUAUAACAGCUCAUUAGUUGUUGUCAAUGAAAUAAUGCUACAAGAAGCCUUUGAUGAGCCAUGCACACAGCUUCUAUCCCUUUAUGUUCUACACAAAUACCUGCAGGGAAAGCCAGAUCUAAAGUGGGAGGAUGAGCGGAAUCUGGGAGCAGCUUUAUUGCUGGUGGGGUUGACACAGGACAACACAGUUGGUUUUAGCUCCCGUCUUCUGGGCCAUGUAUUUCUAGGAAGAGUUGAGCUGACUAAGGGGAUCCGUGCUGUGUACACCAAAAUGCCCCUGAUGUGGACUCGGGGUUAUCUAAAUCGAGCUCUAAAUGUGAUGGAGGAAGUGGUGAAAGCAACCAAUGGAGCAAAGCUUUGUAAAGAUGCGGUGGAUGCCAUGGCAAUGGUACUGGAGAUGCCAACAUCUGAGACCAGUGAAUCCAAGAUCACAAACAAAUUACAGGAAACAAAACAAGAAGAUGCAAUUGAUGAUGAUGAUGAUGAUGAUGACGAAAUUAAUGAAAAGACAAAACUUCCAGACUACUUGAAAAGAUUUAAAGAAUUACAUGCAGAGCUGCAGUCCCUUGGAAAGAUCGAAACAGAAAGCCUAAUGACUAUGACAGAGAAACUUAUAACAGAAAACCUCCUGGCCGCUGAAUCCAGCGAGAUCCAAAAGUUUGAGAAGAAAUUAGAAGAGUGGGAAGAAGAACGAGCUGCACUGAUUCAGCGAGAAAAAGAGAUAAGAGAGAAGGUGCGUCUGGAAAGGGAGGCUAGACAAGCUGCUAAAGCCAAACGUUAAGCCUCAGUUAAUGUUUGUACAUUGCCCCACAACUCUGAUUAAAUUGUAACAGUGAA